AUGGAUAAGUUAUCGAAGGAAUUGAAUAUAAAUACUAAAAAUAUUUUUGCUACUGCUUCACCAACAUUAUUCGCGGUCGUUGUCCAUAAUACCUGGUUACAGAAAUGGUUAAAAAAUGCAGAAGUUGAUAACUGUGUUAAUAAUUUAGAUUUUACACUGCAACCAGGUGAAAGUGUUCCUUAUCCGUGGAGAAAAAUAUUUAUUAAGAUAUUAAAUAAAAAAGUGUCCAAAGUUUUACCUCUUCCGCGAUAUAAAUUAAAUGAAGCAAUAUCUGAGACACCGUUAACGUUUUCACAAUUGCUACAAUAUGUCUCGCAAACUAAUCAACGUAAUUUGUGGAAGGAGUCUUAUAAGAAAUAUUGUCAAAAUAAUGAUAGUAUCAAGGAAAGUACCAUAGUCAAUCUCUUAGAACAUGAUCAGCUGUUGUCAGAGGUAUUGAUAAGAUUAUAUGGUUGUAAUAUUAUAAGGGUUAGAUCUGAUGCAUCAAGCAAAUUUACAGACUUCAAAGAAACACCCAGCAAACAUGUCUUGAAAUCUUAUGAGACUCAUGUCAAUUUGUUAGCAGCUAUGUUUACACUAGAAACUGAUAAUAAUUACUUCAUUGUAUACAGUGGACAUUACGAAAAUAACUUAUUGGAUUGCUUAAAUUUUAGUCCAGCUUUAAUAGAUAAGACAUAUUCCAGAGGUUUGUUUAUUGUGUACCAGUUGCUGAGUGUAUCUAAAGCUCUUUGUGACCGAGGAUUAAGUUUAGGUACACUUAAACUGCAAGAUAUUUAUAUGUCAGAGGAUUUAUGGAUUCAAAUUAUACCACCAAUAGUGAAUAACAUACAUUGCCUUGACCCUGCAUUGAUUUGUGAGCAGAACAGGAACAGGCAAACUUCAAGUCAAAGUCCCCCACUGAAUAGUCAGGGUUCUCAAAAAAGGGGGGAAGAAUGGUGUUGGAGAAGUGAUGCAGUACAAUUAGAAAAAUUAUGUAUGCUUUGGGUGAGAGGCAGGAUAUCUAAUUUGGAUUAUUUGCUACAUUUGAAUCUGUUAGCUGGGCGAUCAGCCCAUGAUCCUCAGGCUCAUUUUAUGGUUCCCUGGGUCACAGAUUUCAGCUCUAGAUGUGGACGUAAUUGGCGUGACUUAAGUAAAUCUAAGUAUCGUUUGAACAAAGGAGACCGUCAGCUUGAUAUGACGUAUGACGUCUUAAGUUGUAACGGACAGAUUCCACACCAUGUCACGGACGCUUUAUCUGAUAUCACAUGUUAUGUUUAUUUAGCUCGCAGGACUCCAAAGGAUACUCUUUGCAAAUAUGUGCGUAAUAAAUGGGUGCCGGCAGAGUACCCCGCUUCGAUUCAACGUAUGCAGGAGUGGACACCAGAUGAAUGUAUACCAGAGUUUUACACCGAUCCUACAGUGUUUAAGAGUAUGCACGAGGACUUACCGGAUUUAGGGAUUCCGUCCUGGGCAACGUGUGUCGAAGAUUUCAUAACAAAACACCGAGAAGCUUUGGAAAGUACGCACGUGUCUGAAAACCUCCACCAUUGGAUUGAUAUUACAUUUGGUUAUAAACUCUCGGGGUCGGCGGCAGUAAAAGCGAAGAACGUUUGCCUCUCGCUGGUCGACGGUAACACGCGGACGCGACGCGGCGCGACGGUACAGUUGUUGACGGCGCCGCACCCGCCGAGACGUAUGCGGGCUCCUCCGCCGGCGCCGCCCCGCCUGCGGUGGACGGCUCCGAGAGAUGCCAGAAAAUCCGUCCGAGAGAGCUCCGAUGAAAUAUCAGACGAUGAAGAGGAAUCAAGUAGUCUACCACAACACAUCUCACGUUUGGCCGUCCCCGCCCAAAGAUACCGGCGUCACAAGAGCAGUACUAGAGCACGCUCGUUAUGCAAAGGGCAAGAAGAUGACGCUUCUAGUAGUGAGAGUAGGGCCUCUUCUCAUUCUAGACAUUACAGAGUACAAAAAUCUGAACUCGGUAAAGGUGUCAUAUACCUUCCUAAGGAAUUUAAUCCCGCUGCCUCGAUACAAGCCUUGGAAGCAUUGGAUUACUUUCGUACUAAAUGUUUCUUUAGCAAAGCAGAAGAUAAAGAGAAGCAGAAAGACAGUGUAACAAUAAACUUGUAUCCAGUGCAGCAAGAAACGAAAGAAAACGAACAUCAAUCUAAGGAAGGAAUGGAAGAGACAGCCUUCACAAACCACAUGUUCCUAGCGUCUUAUGAUCAAGGGUAUUUAAAGAAGUUUAAUCAGGAUAAUUUAGAAAAUGUAUUAAAAGAAAGGAAAAAUAGAAUGUUCAAUAGUCGAUACACGACGGACGCGGCCGUCUACAAGCAUUUUAUAACAGAGAGUCGACGGCAAGACAUGUCAGUUAUUGGGUGCCUUAUUGUUGAAAUAUUUUUACAUACCUAUAUGCGUCCCUUAAGAUUAUCAAACGAAAACUUCCAAGAAAGGUACAAAUGUUGCCGUACCAUAUUUAAAUAUAAUUUUAAUUCAAUGCCAAAGUGUGUGAGUUAUAUAGCAUCUAUACUUUUGGACGUCCAACCUCCAAGCUUGAGUUUUAAGAGCGAACUACCGUUUACGAGAGAAGAACCUAGUAGAAAAAUAAUAGUUACCGAUAAAGGUUUACCACCACCAACAUCAUCUCAAUUACUACAGCCUUUAAUAAUGCAGCAUUUAAUACCAUUUCCACAAAGCUUUAAUAUUUUAUACAACUUAUUGAGUACGUUGCAUGAAUACGAUCUUACAAGUCAUGAACUUCAUAUACUUUACACAUAUGAAUGCGAUGGGACCAAGUGUGUGCUAUAUCAGAACAUUGACAAAACUAAACUAUACUUCACACAGAAAAUAGCAGAAGGAAAAAUACAAGCCUGCAUUACUCAUUUAGGAAUUCUUUUGAAUCAAGUUACCAGCGAGAAUCAAUUCAAUAUUCUUGAUAUAUUUCUGCAGCAUUAUAUAAAAAUGCUCGAAAAUAAAGAGACAUCGGUACUUGCUGCUUGGCAUUUGUUCGACGUGAUAAGCAAGGCGUUGGGUCCAUCGGAAACAAAAAUUAAACUCUUGAGACACAUAUUAAAUCUUUAUGAAGAUGACGAUUAUGUAUACGACAAGUCAGACCAACAUAAACUGACUAAUGUAGAUGCGAUCACAAGUGCAGGCUUAGCGAGUAAACAGAAAUAUGUCAAACUGUACCACCAUAUAUUUCUUCUCCAACUGAUGGUCAGAUUGGGGUUGCAAUGUUUUUUGGAUAAUUUUACACAGCAUUUAGUUGAGGCUGUAGGUGGGUACAAGGAUGUGGGUAAUGAAAGUAAAUCUCCUGGCCACCUUUGUCACAAACGAGCAACGCUAAGCAAGAAACCGCGAUAUUCUGACGAUAAUCUCAAGAAUGCUUUAACGAAUACAUCGGACAUCUUCUCCCCCGAUACCUCUUAUGGUUCUGAACAUGUUGUCACGCCGAACAUAGAAAAAAGUAUUUCGGAAGUAAAUGACGUGUUAAAGGAGAAAGACCAGGACAGCAGAAGUGAGAGUGAGUUAUUCCACUUCGAAAAUGACAAAGAAAGAAAUCCAAGUCGAAACAGUAGAAGUAAAUCUCCUACGGGUUCUAUAGAUUCCAAUAACAAAGAUUCGAACUUGGUGCAGACACCUUCAUCAACGUCAGAAUAUUUUUCAACGGGAAGUUCAAGAUUCUUCACCAAUUUAUCAUCACCAAAUUCAAAAGAAACCAGUGCAACAUUUCUUAAAGAUGAGAAUCAAGAAACAGCAGCUGAUUCAAAUAGAUUGCUCACUUCACCAACAAUGGAAAUACCUAAGCCAAUGUUUACUAGCUAUUUACAUUUUGCGGAAGAUGAAAAUAAAUCAGACAGCUUGGAAUCUACAAAUGGAUCACAAAUACGGCUUAUAAAGAGGUUGGAAUUAUCAAAGAAUGUAACAAAUAAAAUAGUCAAUACACCAUUAGUAAACGAAGAAGACAGCGAAUACAAUGAAAAGGACAAUAAUGAAUAUAAAAUAUCAGAUAUGAGUUCUGAGAGUCUGAUUUGGCUGUCACACAGGCUAGGUCCAGUGCUAACUUGCAGGUAUAUUACUAGAAAUUUGCUAAAGAUGCUAACCUUAUGUUACAUUGGUAAAGAAAACUUAGCGCGUUGGGAAUGUGAUGAAAAGGAUGAACUAGAUGAGAUAUCUAUAGUGAACAGUAAGGUUGUCGGUGAUAAGAUCGCGAUGAAGGUCAUCAAAUGCCUCACUUCUAUUGUCGCCAUGUAUGGGGAGCAUCUCAUAAUAUUUCAGUAUCUCCCACACAUGGGGGAGUUGAUCGCUUCUUGUCGGCGUCGUUUGUCCGCGCCGUUGGAAGGCGGAGUCGUGGCCUGUUUGCAGCUUAUAAAGUAUCUCUUACCCUUCAUUUCUGAUGUUAAGGUUAUGGAGCAAUUGCAAGACACGUUCCUGAAGUCGAUCCUGCAGCCGGCGCUGCGGCUGUCGUCCACGGCGCGCUGCGCGUACCCGAGCGGCGCGGGCGCGCGCGCCGCGCUGGCCCGCAAGCUGCUGGCCGCGCUGCACGCGCUGGCGCUGCGCGUGGGGCCCGAGAUGACCCGCGCGCACCUCUGCGUGCCCGCGCUGCAGAGGUUCUUCUUAGCUUUUGACAAGGCAACGGGCAAAACUGAUAAUUGGCCAAAACAAGAAGAAAAUAAUAUCGAAAAGUCCUCCGAGCAGGAGUCAGCUGAUCCAAAAACAGAAGGUUUUCUAGAGAUAUGUCGUGAUGGCAGUACAGCGGAGUGGGCUAUCAAGGAUGGGCGGGUGGUCCGAUCUGACUUACCGGAACUAGCUUGUACUCCUCCUUCGCAGGGCGAUCGACAUGACAUCACAACCCUAUCCGCACAAGAAGAAUUACUAAUGGUAUUCGAUGAAGAAUUAGCAUAUUAUUCGUACACUAAGUUUGCCAAGCUGAUCGGUACGGACGCCCUGGAGAAGUGCAUAAAGAACAAUGAGACUAUAAGGAACUUAUGUGCGAAGUAUAGACAGGCGAAUCUUAUAAGUUCACCCCAAAACGUGACACGUCAAGACAAACGCUUCCAGUCUUCACUCAGCGACGAGCCCCUGAGCCGGAAGACGAUAGACAUACCCAAGCCUGAGCUGACGGUCGAGCACAUCUCCAGCUCGAACAGCUUUGGCUCCAACGUGACGCUGGUGGGGAACAGGAUCGACGUUAGCGAUACUUGCGAGACUGCGGCACAAGUGGAUGGGUUUGAUGUCGUCGCGUACAAAAUGGACGCCGUCAAGAGUGAGAGACAUCUCCGUGGUGAUUGGCUCAUAUACUGGGAACACGAAAUCGGCCGCGCUGACAAAGACACGCGGUUUAAUCUGAAGCAAAUCAAGUUACAAACUUUCGUUGGACACUCGCAUUCGGUCAAGUCGAUACAUUGUUUAGAUAAUGAAAAUAGUUUCAUGAGCGGCUCGAAGGACAAAACUGUUAAACUCUGGUCUUUAAGGAAUCAGGGCGAUGGUAAUGCUGUAACACAGUGCAAUUGGACAUACACUGGUCAUAAGAAAGGCGUACUGUCACUGACAUUUUUGGAGUCUCUUCGUCUCGCCGUUUCUACGGAUUCGGUCGUCCAUAUAUGGGAUCCGUUUAUGGAGAGCGUCGUGUCACAGCUGGAGGGCCCCCGCUGGGGCGCAGCGGUGAGCAUCGUGCGCGCGCUGCCGGGCCCCUCGCGCGCCCUGCUGGCCGCCACCACUGACGCCGCCCUGCGAGUGGUGGACGCGCGCGCGCCCUCGCACCCUCACGACCUCAAGGUGGCGAGCGGGGGCACGUCGUUCAUCCGCUGCAUGUGCGUGAGCCCGAGCGGCGCGUGGGUGUGCGCGGGGCUGGCCAGCGGAGCGCUCGCCCUGCUGGACGUGCGCACUGGCGCCACCAGGGCCACGUGGCGCGCUCACGAUGGGGAGGUGUUAAGAUUGGCAGCAGUAGACGAUCACAGGAUUUUGAGUUCCGGUCUGGAUCAAGUUACAGCAUUGUGGCGAGCUGAUGACGGCGAACUAAUAGCACAUCUUAAAGGCAGCACGGAACCAGUACAUUGUCUAUCUGUCUACUACAACGAGUUGAUAUCGGGAACAACGAACAACCGAAUUGGAGUUCACACAUCUUUGGACCAGGAGGCGUCUUUCUCAAGUACCAAGCUCAGGUCAGACACUUUCAAGGGCGUCCUCACUUGUAUGUCCGUGUUACCUUUGAACAGGUUACUUUUACUUGGCAGUGAUAAUGGUAAUAUUAGUUUGCUUUGUUGAUCUAUAAUUAUAUUGUAGAAGGUUCUAGAAAUUUCUAGAAAAUUCUAGAAAUGUUAGGAAAACGCUCAGAGGUUUCCACAAAAAGUUAUUUUUUUUUUUUGUAAAAAGUAUUAUUUGAAAAUUCAUCUUUAAAGAGGCUGCUAUUUUGAUGGUAAUGAUAACAUUAGUGAGCUUUGUUCCUAAUUGCAGCAUAUAACAAAAUUCUAAACUCAAAAAACCUUAUAAAAAAUAUAUAUAUGACCUUAUAUAUUCUUUGCCUUAUAUUCCUGAAGAUCUUUAAGCAGACUGCUGUUUUUUAGCAAUAAUAAUGCUAACAUCAGUCUGUCUUGCUGAACACCAUAUGUACGAAGUACAAGGUAUUUAUUAAAACUUCGAUAUGAAAAAAAAUGUGUAAAAAUCUAUAAAAGGGAUUUGGUUAAAGAUUUUGGUUGUUUUUUGUUUGUGAGGAGUCAGGAGGUAAAUUUAAAAUAAAUAUUAAAAUGUACGCUAUUUUAGUCUCAUGCAUUAGACAGAAUGUAGUGAAGGCACAAGCUAGUGGAGUCACAUAAGAAAAAUUACAAUAUUGAUCUCACGAAUUUAGUU